UGUCCUCCAACCGAUCUGAGUUUCAACUCCGAUGCCAACAAACAACAGAGGCAGCUAAUAGCAGAACUAGAGAACAAAAACAGAGAGAUCCUCCAGGAGAUCCAGAGGCUACGUCUGGAGCAUGAGCAGGCCUCCCAGCCCACCCCAGAGAAGGCCCAGCAAAACCCCACACUUCUGGCCGAACUCAGGCUCCUUAGGCACAGGAAGGAUGAGCUGGAGAGGCGCAUGUCAGCCCUACAGGAGAGCAGACGGGAACUGAUGGUCCAGCUAGAGGGACUGAUGAGGUUACUCAAGGCCCAGACAGGAGGCUCCACCCACUCCUCCCCCAGCCACGGGGCAGGCUGCUCCAUGCCCAUGCCAAUCCGCUCCACCUCAGCUGGGUCCACCCCCACCCACACACCCCAGGACUGCCUGGCCGGGGUGGGGGGCGACGUGCUGGAGGCCUUCACUCAGGGUGUACCUAGAAAUCUUCGUAAUGAUCUGUUGGUCGCUGCAGAUUCAAUCACAAACACCAUGUCAUCACUCGUCAAAGAACUCCACUCAGUAGAUGAUGCUGCAGAGGAUGAGGACAAUCAGAUGAGGAACGGAGGCCUAAGGAGCAGGGCAGAGGAUGAGGACAAUCAGAUGAGGAACGGAGGCCUAAGGAGCAGGGCAGAGGAUGAGGACAAUCAGAUGAGGAACGGAGGCCUAAGGAGCAGGGCAGAGGAUGAGGACAACCAGGUGAGGAACAGAGGCCUAAGGAGCAGGGCAGAGGAUGAGGACAACCAGGUGAGGAACGGAGGCCUAAGGAGCAGGGCAGAGGAUGAGGACAAUCAGAUGAGGAACGGAGGCCUAAGGAGCAGGGCAGAGGAUGAGGACAAUCAGAUGAGGAACGGAGGCCUAAGGAGCAGGGCAGAGGAUGAGGACAAUCAGAUGAGGAACGGAGGCCUAAGGAGCAGGGCAGAGGAUGAGGACAACCAGGCACAGUGAGAGAUCUAAAACAUCAUUGAGGGAACAACAACCUCCCCAAACACCAGUCCAUUGAUCUAGCCAGGAUGUCAGACUGGAGAAGAAGAAUCAGAAUGAGAAUCUGCCACACCGACCAAACCCUUCUAUCAGGAAUUAGCACGUAGAGUAAUGCAUGCUGUUAUCAAACAGGAUUUCACUGUGUGAACUCUUAUUAAACAUGUUUGUUACACCGUG